AUGGUGACCACAAGAGGUAUGGAAAAUUCGGAUCCGAUCCAGAUGAUAAGAGAACUACAAGCGCAGCUAGAGGAGCAAGCCCGAACCAUUGCAAAUUUAAAGCAAGAGUUACAACAGAAGAAGGCCGAGGAUGUCGAACGUAGUAAAGAAAAACAACACGACUGGGAGACAUCAGAGGACAGUCAAAAUCAUAAUCCGCCUCCUCCCCCCUGGUCCCCGGAUCUCUUGUCAUUCACUGAUGCCAUCAUGCAGGCCCCCAUGCCCGACCGGCCUCCGCCUCAGGUCGAAAAAUUUGAUGGCACAACGAAUCCAGAUCAUCAUUUGCGGAACUUCAUUGACUCCGUGGCUUUUUACACUCAAAGUGACCUGGUAAAAUGCCGGGCGUUUUCCCUGUCACUAAGGGGUGAAGCCCUGGAGUGGUAUUACACCCUUCCACCCAAUUCGGUGGAUACUUUCCGCAUGCUGAUGGGCAUGUUCAAAAAGCAAUACUCCACCAACCGAUACGAGGAGGUUACUGCAGCCGAGCUAGUCAAUCUUAGACAAGGGAAAGACGAAACUCUCAGAGCCUUCAUGCAUCGAUACACUCACGCCGCUCGAAGGAUAAAAUGUGGCAGCCCUGAAUUCAUCAUUAGUAGUUUGCCCAAUUGCCUAAAAUCGGGAUUCGUCUCAGAAAGCCUAUACGUCGAGUUACCCAGUACAUUGGAGGAGUUGCAGCAAAAAAUGGCUAAAUUUAUAAAGAUGGAAGAUCAAAGGAUCUUUCGGAAACAACAACACGAGGAGCACCUGGUGAAUGAUAACAAGAAGGAGGGGAAGCAUCGAAAGGAGAACGCCCGGGAUCAGAAACCCCCGGUGAGUUUAAACCCUAGAUACGAUCGCUAUGCGCACCUCACUGUCCCUACAGAAAAGGUGCUGGAGAGGGCUUUGCAGUCCAACCUGAUCUUUCAAAGAAGAAAAUUCCCACCUAAGAACAUGGACACGGCGUAG